CCCAUCUGGGGACUUAGCUUAUACUUCAACUAUUCACUGGUACUUUGGUGAAAUAGGAGAGAAAGACACUUUUAAUUAGCUUCACAUAUCUAAACGUGUGUGUAUGCGGGGCCCCUCCUACCACAGAAGCUUUCUCCAGCAGUGUGAGUGGGCUGGUGAGCAGCGGGGCAGCAGCAAGGGAAAAACACCCAAAUUACCUUUUUCUAACAAUGUGUGAGAUACUGUCCAGGAUACAUCCUUCAGACGCGCGUUCAAAGUGAGGACGUAUCACUUAUGUGAGGAUAUCAGCUGCUUUGCUUCAGAACUUACUUUUGUAGUUUUUGUAAGAAGACGGUAAUGUAUGACGUCUGGUGAAGGAAUCCGUGAUGAAUGCACCCUCCACGGAGCAUGGAGAGGCAUACGCGCCUGUGCUGCAGGGGCUGUGGGAGUAUGUGAGGGCAGAGCAGGAGGAAAUCUUGCUCUCUCCUUACCUGCCUGCGUCCUACGCUUUCUUGACGCACGUCCUGCUUUGCGCACCUUUCUUCGCGCUGGACGCGCUGGCCAGCAUCUGUCCGUGGGUCCAGCUGUGGAGGAUCCCUACAGGCUCGGGUCCGCCGCCGUCUCUCAAACGAUGGUUUGACUGUUUCUGGAGGGUGCUGUACAGAUACCUGACCUCCGUCCUCCCCGCCACCGCGCUGUUUCAGACUCUGAGGAGCCCCACGUUACCGGAGGUGGCUCCGUCCUGCUGGCAGCUCUUCGUGGAGGUCUUCGCAUGCUUUCUGCUGUUUGACAUGCUCUUCUUCAUAUGGCACUUCUUCAUGCACAGGGUUCCUUGGCUCUACUGCAGUGUUCACCAGCUGCACCACCAGAACCAUGUACCCUUCGCUCUGGCAGCUCAGGAUGCCAGUGCAGCCGAGCUGCUGUCUCUGCUGCUGCUGGCUCUGAGCAGCGCCUGGGUGGUGGGCUGCCACCCUCUGAGCGAAGCCCUCUUCCACCUCUUCAACAGCUGGCUGGCGGUGGAGGACCACUGUGGCUACGACCUGCCCUGGGCUCUGCACAGACUGCUGCCCUGUCUGGGUGGAGCCCCCUACCACCAAGCCCAUCACAUUAUCUUCAGGGGAAACUACGCCCCCUACUUCACACACUGGGACCACCUCUUUGGCACAUACCGUGCACCAGGGCAGUAUUCACCAGAGUGACAAAACCAUUGCAUGAUGCAGCAAACUGGGGACUGCUCAAGUUCCAGCAAAACUGUCAAGAUGCAAUGAAGGAUAUUUUCUGCAGACUUUGAUUGUUCCUGCUUUUCAUACGCACACUUUACAAGGGACAUGUGUUCCCACAGUUUACAGCAAACCAACCAUUCAGUCAUAUAUCCUGCAGUAUCAAGACAUUUUGAGAGUUGUGACCACAAAAUUCCAUUUCUAACAAGAAACAAUUCAAAUCUGUAUAAUCCCCUUAACAAGAUUAUACACUGUGUGUUUCCUUGUCAAUGAUCUUUGAGUUCAGUUGGACGCUCAUAUCUACAGCUGUUCUACAGCAAGUGAACGCAGCACGAGAUGAGGGGAGCGCAGGGAUGACACAAUAAGAAAAAGACAAUGAACAAAUGCCUGAACUAAUAUGUGGCUGAUUUCCCCUCAUGACAUGGGUGUGUCUUUGGAUGGAUUUAAAUGUUUUCAUAUUGUAGGCAGAUAAUAUGUGACAGAUUUAUUUUGGACAAUGAUCAUAUGUUAAAGGGAAAACUACAGAUAUGUUUGAAUGGCUGCAGUGAGCUGAUAUUCACUAAUGCCAGGAUACUUUACAAACCUUUUGAAGAAAUACAGUAGUCUGACAUGCAGAGUUAGAUGAGAAGACUACUCUCAAGUCUGUGCAGUAAACUGGAAGCUACAACCAGCAGUUUAGUUUGGUUUAGCACAAAGACUGAAAACAGCUAAAUUGGCUCAGUGGAGACUCCAGGAAGGGACUAUACCUGGCCACAAAAUAGUCCAGCAUAUAUAACAAUCUAUAAAACCACACAUUUUUGUAUAGAUUAAACAAAAGACAUAUACCGUGUUAACUGGUGAUCUUUAGGUCCUGGUUGUUGGGUCUUCUUCCACUUCUUUCUAGUCUUUAUGAUAAGCUAAACUAAACUGGCUGAUCAAUCUUCUAAUUUUCUUGGCAGGAAAGUUAGUCUUGCAGGUUUUUGCAAAACCUCAAUAUUUUAGUGGAACUCUCUACAAUGUAAGAAUAAUGUAAAUAUUUAUAGUGAACAUUCCUGUUUUAGCCAAAGCUGUGUAUUUGUACCAUAUAUCUUCUGGAUUAACAUUUUGUACAGACUUUGUUAUAUUCAAUGCUAUAUUUGGUCAUUAUACAUGAUGGCAAAGUUUUUUCAUGAAUCCCCAUUUCUGUUAAAAAAAAUAUUAAAAACAUGUUAAACAUUGGGCUUGAUAAGCAUGAGAAAACCUCUGAAAGCAGACUAGGGGUGUUAUUGUUCACCUCGGGUUCAGGUUUCUGUUUUAUAUGCUUUAUAUGCCCUGGGCCUCUCAGCUGACUACACUCUUUGUAAACUGGUUCCACAGAGAUUUGACUAAACAAUCAAAACCACAUGUUUUUAGAGAUGAGAAGCCUUUCAGUUACUAUUUGCAAUUGCUGUUUUUAUUUACAGAGGCAUUGUCAUCAAACACCCUUAAAAUCCAGUCAUUUAAUCAUCCUCAGGCUUUAAUUUCUACAGAAUUCAGCUGGGAUCAUGCCAGAGGAUUUGUAGUUAUCUCUCUUUUGACCCUCAUGCUGUUUUCAUAGGAGAGAUUGUUAAAGUUUCCUACACUUCAUCAAAGUGACAUGUGGGGUCUAGCACAUAAUGACUCACCAUGGAGGGGAAAAAAAAAA